AUGCUGGUGACCUAUUUGGAAGCCGGCCAGGACCUUUGCGAGACGGACUCAAUUCUUUUUGGCGCCGCAAUGGCAGUCUGCCGUAUUAUAGGCGCCCAACUUUCCACGGCUGGACGCGCUACUGGACAAAGUAGUGCUAUCCCAGCCUUGAAAAUAAGAAUUGAAGAAUGUAUCGCAAAGGCUAGGGCCCUCAUCGGCAGACUGAUAUGCUUCAGGUCAGGCAAUAUCAGGCCAAGGAUUGUGCGCACCAUCAGGACGGCGUUUGUUGGGACAAAUGUUGGUUUGUCCCAGCCAGAUAUAAUGCAAAAACUGACGGAGCGCAUAGACGACUUAAAGCAGAGAAUCGCUGCUUGGGGAAAGCGGAUUCGGCGAUAUACUGUGAGGUCGACACGGUUCAACCAGAAUCGUCUCUUCCAGAGAGAUCAGAAGAGGCUUUAUAAAUCAUUGGAGCGACCAAUGGUAAGUGGAACGGGCCCAGCACCGAAUCAGGCCGACACGGUCGCAUUCUGGCGCAGCCUAUGGUCAGAGCCCGUAAACCACAGUGAGGGCCCUUGGGCGGAAGUUGUGGCGAGUCAGUGUGCGGGUAUUACGCCCAUGGACCCCGUCAUCAUAACGCCGGAUGACGUAGCUGAGGCGGUCCGUAGGGCCCUGAACUGGAAAAGUCCGGGUCUUGACGGGCUGCAUCACUACUGGCUGAAGGAGUUCAUGAUAUUUGAGUUGGAUAUUGACAAUGAUAAUGAGGAAGUCGAUGAAGACCCUCCACUUGUAUUUGAAGAAGAACCUACCGAAUCUGCUGAAUCUUCGUCUGAGCAACCUACUCCAGGGCUUUCAUCUCAGUACCGGGUAUUUUUGGAAUUGCAGCUUGGAGAUCUCGCAGCAGAGAACUGA